AUGUCAGAAGUCGGAUGCUGCACUGUUUUGCCUGAGUCUGCAAGGCGAAUGCACUUCACACUCUGCAUGCUGAAGCUGCACUCUCAUGCUCAAGUCGAUGAGAUGAAGGAGGUCGCUGACGCUGACGGCUCCAACCUGGCCUGCAUGACAUUAUCUCCAUCAGGCAUUGAAGGACCUGUCCGCUCGCCAACCCUGCCUGUUGGAGAUGGAGCAUUGCUUGAAGCUCAAGUGCAAGCGUUGCGCUUGUGCCAGGUCUCUCGGCAACCUCAGCCUUUGGGCAAGUUCGACGUGAAACAGCUGAAGGGGAUGGGCUCCUCACACUUACUUCUUCCAACCAAGCUGUGCUGGGAUGCCAAAGCGCGGAAUUUGGUCUCCGCCCAAAACUUGAUGUCACAGAGGCUUCUGUCCUCCGACGGCCAGCACGCUGAGGUCAAGCUCCACGCUACCCUCAUGAAUACGAAGUACGCACGAUCGAGAUUCGACGAUCGCUCGGCUCCGCGAGAGAACUUCGAUGCCAGUGUGCUCAUGGAGCGCUUCGGACAGGCCAGGCCGUGCAUCGACAUCCACAAUGGGCAGGUGAAGCAAAUCGUGGGUGGCACAUUGAAAGAUGACUCCAAGUCCCUCGUUACAAAUUUUGAGGCUUCUCAGCCGUCAAGCUGGUUUGCAGAACGAUACCGAGAUGACGGCUUGGGAGGUGGGCAUGCAAUCAUGCUGGGUGCUUCGGAGGCAAACAAAGCGGCAGCGCUCGCCGCACUGAAAGUAUACCCCGGCGGUUUACAGGUUGGUGGAGGAAUCAACGCAGAGAACGCAAUGGAGUUCAUUGAUGCAGGCAACAACCGGGCCGAGAUGCGCACAUGUUUCCUCGCGAGAUGCAAGGAGCUAGCCAUGUCAUCGUGA